CAAUGAAUGAAGUUGAGAGCACAGGCGUGUGUUUUAUGCUUUGUGUGUAUGAGCUGAUAUAAUCCUAUUAUCAAUCUAUUUAUGGUAUCUCUAUUGUCUAUCGUUCAUCGACGUUGACGCGACCUCGCUUAGUUGAGCAGAUCCAUGCCUGUGCCCGUGCCUGUGGCUAUGUCUAUGGUGCUUUGAUCAUCAUCCAGGAGUCGAGAUCCAAUCCAUUUGAUACACCAACUGCUUUGUUCAAAACCGGCCAUGGUUGCAGGUUACUCAGCACGGCAUUCACCAGCGACAUAAUAAGCUUUACUGUGUCGGUUCUUUAUGACAACGCAAUAAAAGUCGAAUCGAAAUCUUAUCAGGCAUAAACCUUUGUUAACUCAAAAGAAGCUUUCAAGCUUGACCAUCCCCACCAUUUUUCAAGCCGCUCAAGGUAAGAUAUGCAAAGUGAAAGCAAAUGCAAAUGCAUGCAUGCAUCCAUCCAUCCAAUGCAGGCAUCUCAUUUUGGCUCUCAGACGGGCGAUACCACCAGCCGGAACGUUUGUUUCUUUAUUAUUAUUGUGGCUUCUUUUUCCUUUUUCUCAUACACCCGAGUCUCACAUUUUCCGCAUUCCGCAUUCCGCCUUUCUUCUUCCUUCUUCCUUCUCUUCCUUCCCCUCUAUUGAUUUUCAAGAUCUAUCAUCCUUUAUCCUCUUUAUCCUCCACUACUAUUGUCGUCCCAUUGUCUCUUUCCUCUCCCUUCACCUAUUUCAGCCCCUCUUCUUCCUUCUCGGUUGUCUCUCUUUCUCACUGGCUGGACCAUAACUGGAUCU